ACACUAUAUUGCCAAAAGUAUUGGGACACCCCUCCAAAUCAUUGGAUUCAGGUGUUCCAAUCACCUCCAUGGCCACAGGUGUAUAAAAUCAAGCACCUAGGUAUGCAAACUUCUUCUAAAAACAUUAGUGAAAGAAUGGGUUGCUCUCGGGAGCUCAGUGAAUUCAAGUGUGGUACCAUGAUAGGUUACCACCUGUGCAAUAAGUCCAUCUGUGAAAUUUCCUUGCUACUAAAUAUUCCACAAGUCAACUGUUAGUGAUAUUCUUUAUUAAAAAACCAUUAGUGGUAUUAUAACAAAGUGUAAGCAACUGGGAACUACAGCAACACAUAAAAUGACAGAGCGGGGUCAGCACAUGCUGAAGCAAGCAGAAGUUUCCAACUGUCUGCA